CAGCCAGCCAGCGCCCAAAGAAUGGCGUCGGCACCCUCCCGCGCCCUCCCCUUCCUCUCGCCGCCGUCCACCGCCCCGCGCGCCCCCUCCGUCCGCCUCCGCUGCGCGGCCGCCGCCGGCCAAGCCGGCUUCUUCACCCGCCUCGGCCGCCUCAUCAAGGAGAAGGCCAAGAGCGACGUCGACAAGCUCUUCUCCGGCUUCUCCAAGACCCGCGAGAACCUCUCCGUAGUCGACGAGCUGCUCACCUACUGGAACCUCGCCGACACCGACCGCGUCCUCGACGAUCUCGAGGAGGCGCUGCUGGUGUCGGACUUCGGGCCCAAGAUCUCGUUCCGGAUCGUCGACACCCUCCGCGACGAGAUCCGCGACGGCAAGCUCAAGUCCGGGACCGAGAUAAAGGCGUCGCUGAAAAGAUGCAUCCUCGAGCUGCUCACGACCAAGGGCAGCAAGACUGAGCUGCAGCUCGGCUUCAGGAAGCCAGCGGUUAUCAUGAUUGUGGGAGUGAACGGAGGCGGCAAAACGACAUCGCUAGGAAAACUUGCCCACAGAUUUAAGAAUGAAGGAGCAAAGGUAUUGAUGGCAGCAGGUGAUACCUUCAGAGCAGCAGCUCGUGACCAGCUAGAAAUUUGGGCUGAAAGAACUGGCUCAGAGAUUGUUAUUGAUAACGAUAAGAAGGCACAGGCUCCAUCAGUUCUUUCGCAGGCAGUAAAACGUGGGAAGCGUGAAGGAUUUGAUAUUGUUCUGUGUGAUACGUCAGGACGACUUCAUACAAAUUACGGUCUGAUGGAAGAGUUGGUUUCUUGCAAGAAAGUCAUAGCUAAAGCCCUGCCUGGUGCUCCUAAUGAGAUCUUGCUGGUUCUGGAUGGCACAACUGGACUAAAUAUGCUACAGCAAGCGAAGGAGUUCAACGAUGUUGUUGGAAUCACAGGAUUCAUUCUGACGAAGCUAGACGGCACUGCUCGUGGUGGCUGUGUGGUGAGCGUCGUAGACGAACUUGGAAUUCCAGUCAAGUUUGUUGGUGUCGGCGAAGGGGUGGAAGAUCUCCAACCUUUUGAUGCAGAGGCAUUUGUUGAAGCCAUUUUCCCAUAAAUUUGACCCUGUUAUUAGUGUUUCUCAUGUAACAAGAUUUUGGCUAACAUGCUAGAACUUAUUAGAACAAUUUUUUCAACGAUUACAGUUUUUUUUUUGUUCAGUUUCGACUCCGUCCGCCUUACUUGUUUCAGUCGUUUAUCCUAACUAUUCAUACAGAACAGAAGCAACUAUCCAUUCUAUUAUAUGUUUAUUGUGAUUAAGC